CUUGAUCCAGAGCGCCCUACAAGUGAAGGCACCACAAUUGAAGCCUCAUUCUACCGCUAGCAAACCCCGCGCGGUACCAUUUACCGUCAGCCAUCCCUCCGCGCAAGACUUGCACCAAUUCCCGCAAAAUCGCAGGCUACCAAUCGACCUGCCAAUAUAAUCUCCACCAUCUUCACCUCAAAAUCCAUAACAACAAACACACAAAAUGACCGCCCAACGCCAGGCCUCCUCCGCCUCCCAAACGCCCCUCAUCUCCCCAGCAGAGCUUUCCUACCUCUACACAUCACUAUCACUCCCCGAUGGCCCCAUCCGCCCCGACGGCCGCUCGCCUACCCAAUUCCGCCCGUUGACCGCAGAAACAGAUAUUCUGCCGGGCACCAACGGUAGCGCGCGCGUGGGGUUCGCUGACGGCACGCAAGCCAUCGUGGGAGUGAAAGCGGAGGUGGAAAAGACCGUUGUUGCAGCCGAGGCGCUGAACCUAUCGCAACAGCAAACGCAAGAAGAUUAUGCCGAUAAUGAAGGCGGAGAGGGCCAGAAAACCUCCAGUCAUGGUCAUGGAUCGUGGGUGCAGAUGUCUAUUGAGAUCCCCGGGUUUCGGGAUGAUGAUGCCCUCCCCGUUUUCUUGUCGGAGAUGAUGCGCGAGCCGCUUGUUGAGUCGGUUGCUGGUUCUGGUGAUGGGGUGGGUGGGGAUGAGAUGGCGGGUGGCUUGAAGGGGAGGUUGGUUAUUAAUAAGAGGUGGCAUUGGAGGUUGUAUAUUGAUGUGCUGCUGCUGUCGCAGCCUUUGUCGUACCCGUUGCCGUUGCUGUCUUUGACGACUCAUUUGGCUCUUUUGUCGACUAAGCUGCCUAAGCUCAAGUCUAAGGGAGAGGAAGACCCCUUCUUCGAUGAUGAUUGGAAUGCCGCUGAAUAUCUAUACCCUCGCUCGCAGUCGGGGCCUCGUCUUUCUUCUACGAAGCAGGUCCGGCCUCCUGUGACGCUGCUCGUUAUUUCUGUCGGCGAUAAUGUCAUCUUUGAUCCUAACAGGGAGGAGAUUGCGGUUGCGGAUACGGUCCUGGCUGUUUCUGUCACCCAGGAUAGUGACUCGGAUGGCCUGAAACUGCUUUCUAUUCGCACAGUCGACCCCCCGUCUCGUCUUACGCAGCCGGGUGUAUCGAACUCGGAGAACGUGGCAACUCUGGGCUCCACGGCCGCUGCGGAAGAGGCCGCCAUGACGGACCCGUCUACUGGCGAAGAGGUUGCCGGCGUUUGGAGACCCCGACGGGGCGGUGUCAAGCGGCGCACGAUUGCAAAGAUGCUCAAGUUGGUCUUGCAGAAGGGAGGUGUUGGUGAAGAGGUCCUUGAGGGUCUUGAGGGAGUUCAGGUGGGCUGAUCGAUUGGUCGAUAUGUGACUGAAAAUAUUGCCUAAGUUGUGGAUAGAACCAUGGAGGGCAUGAUACCCGCGCACCACCGCAAGAGUGGACCAUAUGGGAUAGCAGUCCCGUCGCUAUCUCCGAUACCGAUUACAGAAAAAGCGGUGAUCCUCUGAAGGGAGCUUAGACAGGUACAUUAGACACAAU